AUGAAACCAACAAUGCGGGGACUAUACAGCCAAUUCAGGGGCCUCACAGCAACCAGGCUAGCCGGAGCAGCGGCCCCGACCAGGCCUCGGUUGGCUCAACGGCAAGAGCGGAGGCGCCGCAAGGGAGGGGGGAGAGGAGGGCAACAGGGGUGGCUUGUAAGGGACCGGCAAGGGCUGCAGGUUGGAGGGCAGCAUGGGCUGUUGGCGAGGGGGCAACAAGAGCUGCAAGAUGGAGGGCAGCAGCUGCCGCAUAGCGGCGGGCAAGUGCAGCUACAGCGCGGAGGUACAGCGAGGGCUGCCAGCGUGGGGGCGGUAUCAGGAGCUGACGGAGAGGGAACAGCGGCUGUUGGAGAAAGGGCAGCAGUGGUCGAAGAGGUGGCAGAUGGGGCGGCGACUGCUGCACCAGACGGGGUUGCGACUGAAGUUAGGGACCGGGCUUUAGCACGGCCAGCAGGGGCGGUAGAGGCCACAGCUGGGGCAGAGGAGUCUGCUGCAAGAGCGGCAGAGACCACAGACGGAGUGGCGCGGGCCGCAGGAGAGGCUGGCAGCGAGGGGGACGCUGUAGUCCCACCACAGCCCCAUGACGAGGUCCCCCCUGCCCCCCCCAGGCCCACCCCCAUGCAGGCAGAAGCUUUAAUAGAGGGGCAGGAGGAAACAGCGAGGACAGGGAAUCCGGAGACUGCACCCAUCCACACCCCGCAUCUUUUAACCCACUCCCCCCCGGGAGCACCCACCCUUUGCCCCCACCCUCACAGGCAUUCUCGCGAAUUAAGUGGGGCAGCCAAGGCCCGGGCUUUUCUAGAGGAGCCCUGCUCCCCGACUAUCAACUCCCAGCCAUCACUACCUCUCCUUCCACCAGGUCCGCCCUCACCGGGAGAUGUGCAUAUGUCCGAGGCGUUUGGUCCAGUCGCAUCAACCCCCGCACCAACUCCCCUCCGCCCCACCGCAACUCUCCAAGCCAACGCAGCUCAGCUGAGAGGGCUGGAGGGUGAGUUGAGGCUGGUGCGACAACCACAUGCAACCCAGCCACAUGGGCCAGCGGUGCUUCACUCAUCUCUCGUUGGACAAGGUCACCCUCCCUCCCUUACAGACCUGGAGGCGUCGGAGCCCUCAUCGGGCUUGGGGGUGGCUGUAUCUGACUUGCUGGCAAUACAGAACACUGGCAUACCCCUCCCUACUCCCACACCCCCGGCCCCAGUGGUACACGCCCACGAAGCCCCCCUCAUGGACCUCCCUCUUGCAGCCCCCAUCCUGCAGGAACCGUUUCACCCUUCUCCGAUGGAGACCGAUCUGAUCUUCAGACCGUGCGCCUCUGACACAGAUGUAGGUGCACCACUCCUGCCUGCCUCUCCCCACCCAUCCCCAUCACCAGCCCCACCUAUCACCACGGCAGAUAGUUCCGAGGGCACGGCCAUGACCGACCCCACCGACACAGCGACGUCACCAGACGAGGUCGUGAGGGUCCGUGGUGGGUAUAUAGACAUCCCCUGCGCCAUCUUAGCGCGGGUCUCCCAUGACCCAGAGGCACCAGGCCCUACUCUCCUCUUGGCGGCAGCACCGACGCUCCUACUGGCUCCGGCGACACUGCCAGAGCGUUCAAACACGGCCGCCAUUGCAGCGCGCAUCAUCCGUUUUGGACGAGGUGAGUGGGACGAGCUCAUCUCUGAGGCCCUACAUCGACGUACCCCCCUUCCUCUACGAGCAGCACGACACGCUCGCGCCACCACCUCCUCCCCCACACCCGAUGACCGUCGCAUUGCCCGCUGCCUGCGUCUGGUGGCUUGCAAUGAGACCUCGUGGGCCUGCGCGGCCCUGGAGUCGGCAGAGGCGGCACCUGACACAGAGAGUACGAUGCAACGUCUGCGGAGCAAGCAUCCCAUCGCAGAGCGACCGACUCCAGAUUGGCUACCGACUUUCCAGGAUACUGCCCUUGUGCUCUCUAUAGAUCACCUCCGCCGCGCGGGUUGUCUGGAGGACCGACAGCUUUGGCUGCGAGGCUACUACGCCCCGGCAGCUCGGUCGCUAUUGGCAUCGUCCACUCUGGUCGCUCUCGCGAAACCGAACCUGGAUGUGCGUCCUAUCGCGAUAGGUGAGGUUCUGAUUCGCAUCCUUUCUCGCGCAGUAUGCUUACAGCUGCGGGACCAGAUGGCUAGAGUUUUCCUCGCGUCACAGCAGUUUGGGGUGGGCGUUACCUGUGGGACAGAGGUCGUGGUUAGAGGCGUUUGUCACGCCCUGGAUGACCACCCUGACUGGGUGGUUCUUCAGCUGGAUAUGGCGAACGCCUUUAAUUCGUUUCAUCGAGACGCCAUGUUCCAGGCCCUCUACACUAGUGCUGAGUUCCACUAUCUUAUUCCUUUCAUUCGCUUGUUCUACGGGACACCCUCCGAUCUCCUCUACCGGGCGAAUGGAGGGGUGACCACCAUUCACUCGGAGCGCGGGACCGGUCAGGGUGACCCGCUCAGCCCUUUCCUGUAUGCCCUCAGACAGCGCAUGGCUCUACAACCAGUUUUAGCUGAGGGCGAUGUCCAGCUAUGGGAUUUUGUGACUUCCAGGGAGGUGGAGGCCUUCACGAGUCUGGGGAUUGAGGUCGCUCGCAGAGGACUCACUGUCACGGGAGUGCCGGUGGGCUCUGACGCUUUUGUGGAGAGGAGCCUACCUGAGCGUCUGGAGAGGAUGGGGCGCGUGUUGCCGUGGCUUCUGAGACUGCGCCAGCCCCAGACAGCGGCCCGUCUACUUUCGGCAUGCGUCAGCAUGCGACCGCAGUAUAUGGCGAGGACGGUCCCUCCGACCCCGGCUGUACGUGCCAGUUUUGCAUGGUGGGAUGAGCGGUUAGUGGAGACCUUUCAGCAGCUUCUGGUGCCUCGGACUUGGACUUGCAGAGAGGACGUUCGUGAGGCUGCCCUGGACCAGAUCUACCUCCCCAUAUGUCUAGGGGGUUUUGGCAUCCGACGCAUGGAGCGUAUCGCCCCGAUCGAUCGAUCACUGCGGACGGCGUUGGAGGGCCUCCCACGUGACAUCCUCUCUCUCUUCCCCCUCUGGCACUCUUGUGUCUCUGCUGCCCCUGAUUCUCUUUUCACAGGAGUGAGCCGCGUCUUGGAGGCGUGGGCCUUGGAGUCAGUCCGGGCCCGUCACACUAACCCCUUGCACCUUGCCCGUUUGACAUCCCUUCAGGGCGCAGGUGCAGGCGCGUGGUUGACGGUGGUGCUGUACGCAGACUCGCUGCGCAUCCCAGAGGCGCAGUGGCAGGUGGCCUCAGCUUUCCGUCUCGGCCUCCCUAUCACCCAACUAGCCCUCGCAGGUCGGUGUUCUUGUGGGCAGGCGAUUGACGAUAUGACGGUACCUCACCACGUGGUGCGGUGCUCUCGCUUCGGCGUCGCCACGGUCAUCCACGACACCGUGAAAUACAUGCUUCGGGACUUUGCUUCUGAGGCAGGUUUCGCGGUGAAGGUGGAGGACACCACCUUGAUUUUGCACCUGGAGGCAGCUAGAGCGCGACUGCAGGGACUCUCGGGGACGGGGGAUGGGGUACCGGGACAGUCAGGGGCACCGUGGGGACAGCAGCAGCAGCAGGGUGGGCUCGUUCGAGGGGCUGGUGGGCAGGAGGGCCGAGAGGGGCAGGAUGGGCUGGCUAGUGGGGGAGAGGAGGGGGGACAGCAGCAGCAGCGGCAGCAGCAGCAGCAACAGCAGCAGCAAGGCCAGCAGGGGCAGGAGGGGCAGACCCGUAGGGGUGAGGAGAGGGGACAUCAUGGACAGCAGCAGCAGGGCCAGCAAGGGCAGGAGGGGCUGGCUAGUGGGGGAGAGGAGAGUGGACAGCAGCAGCAGCAGCAGCAGUAG